UAGCUAGUAAAGAUGCAAUCGCCGCUUGCUUCCCUUUUAACCACCCCAUCGUGGUUUGGUUGCUUGCUUUAGUAGCCAUCUUAUGUUGUGCGCUGUAUCACUUCGUCCACAUUUCAGCUUCCCCUCGCUAUCUCUUAGCCUUCUGCGUUCCAUAUCACCCCUCCUGACCUCUCUGCUUCUUCUUUCAACUCAGCAUUUAUGUUGUUGCAUCCCUGCGUCUGUAGGGAGAUCAGGAAGGAAGGCGGAGGAGCAGCUGGGUUUCUAACCGGUGAUGAUGCUUGUUCUGAAUGUAUUUAUUGCUCCGGGGGGGUGGUGAGUAGCAGAAUUUAAGAGAGAAGCCUGAACUAUGCUUCGAUCGUGAAGAGGAGAGGCAGAGGAGGAGCGGUCAGAGGUCGUUCGAUCUGCUGCCUGGAGGAGCAGAGCAGCGGAAGUGGUCAAAUUCACAUCUGUUGCUGCUGCAUUGCCUGCUGCUCCGAUGGAGCAGCUACGAGGAGAACCCAUUAAUGAUGUCCUUUUAGUUAGGGAGGAGCCGAGCGCAGGGUGCUUGGAAGCAGGAGCAGCGAGCGCCACCUUCUCUGAGCAUCCUGAAAUGAUCUAUGGGAACCUGUUCUCUCACCAAAUGCCUUUCCUUCAACUACUCCAAGGAGCCAUGCAAGCAGGGGAAGAGGAAGUCGAGCUCCAUUUGCAACAGUAUCAGUAUCAGCACGAAGGUUUCUUCACUUCUUGCACGCAAGAAUCCAACUUCCAGCUCCUCCUGCGGCUACAGGGCCAGAACUGCUUCAAGCAACUGCGGACGGCCGAGAUGGACACGUCCCGCGUGGUGGAGCAGCUGGAAAGCUGCAUUACCCACGCGUCCGAGUCGGAGACGAGAGGCGUGGUCCACCAUAAAACGCCGGCGACCGUUGCCGCGACCGGGCCAACGAGAUCCGCGGCGGGAGUCGGGCCGAACGAGCGGCGGAAGAGGAAGAGGCCGCGGCAGGCUUCGACGUCGAAGAGUGCGCAGGAGGUGGAGAGCCAAAGGAUGACCCAUAUUGCCGUGGAGCGCAACCGCCGGCGCCUCAUGAACGACCACCUCGCUACCCUCCGCUCCCUCAUGCCGUCUUCCUAUGUCCACCGCGGAGACCAGGCGUCCAUCAUCGGUGGUGCCAUCGACUUCGUCAAGGAGCUCGAACAGCGCCUCCUCUCCCUUCGAACCCAGAAGCGGCUGCUGGAGUCGGCCGCCGUCCGAUUGAGGCCCAACGACGACGAACCGCGCCACACGUCCGUGCUGCACGACGGGUUCUUCAUCUCGCCGCAGUACACAGGCUAUUCGCGGUCGCAGCAGCGACGGCGAUACGCUAACGGAGAAGAAGCACAACAAGAGGAUGGAACAGGGGUGGAUGUGGAAGCGACGGUGGUGCAGGGGCAUGUGAAUUUGAAGGUGGCCACGCGGCGGCGGAGGGGGCAGCUGGCGCGGGCCAUCGCGGCCAUGGAGGAGCUCCGUCUCUCUGUGCUUCAUCUCAACGUCGCCUCCCUCGAACCCUCCUCCAUCCUGUACUCCCUCAGCCUGAAGAUGGAGGAAGCGUGCAAAUUGGGGUCAGCGGAUGAGGUUGCGACGGCGGUGCACCAGAUCUUCAGCUACAUCAACGCCUGCUGUUGACACGACGCUGAAGUUGUCAGGACGUACGAGACGCAAGAGAAAGGGAAAGGAAAGGGUCGAAGAGAUGCUUGACUGGACCACGUCUACAAUUCUUGAACUAUGAGGAAGAGCGCAGCAGCAGCAGCAGCAGUAGCAGUAGGAGCAGCUUUCCUUUCUUCUAAUAUAUGCAGUGAUGGGAGCUUGUACUCUUUGGGUUGCGGUUUUGCCAGCUUUUUCGCUGUUCGUUUUCAAUUAUUUUUUUGUCUUCGGGAAGAGAUGCUGAUAUUUGGGCUCGCAAAGCGUUUCGAGUUUUCCUAAUCAUGAUUGUAGCCCAAUUCAUCUCCUGGUAUCUUAGUCGCUGUUCUUAUGUCUGUAGCAUUCUA